UGAUCACUAGCACCAGUAUUUAUGGUCUAAAGAUGCAGUGGACCCCAGAGCACACACAAUGGGCAGAACAACACUUUGACAUCUCAUCCACUACCCGCUCGCCAGCUCACAAAGUAGAGGCCUACCGGGGGCACUUACAGCGAACAUACCAGUAUGCGUGGGCAAACGACGACAUCUCUGCACUGACUGCCUCCAAUCUGCUUAAGAAAUAUGCAGAGAAGUACUCUGGGAUCCUAGAAGGCCCAAAUGAAAGAGCCCUGCUGUGCUCCUACUCUGAUAGCACCACCGGACUCAUGAAUGGACGAAAGUCAGAGAAUGAGUCCUGGCAGGAGGGGAUUUACCCAAUGAACUGUGCUCCAGAUGUUAUAUCUGUGAGCAAAGCUGGAAUGACAGCUGCCCUACCCCCUACAGAUGUGUCGGCUAGCAUAGGCAGCUCCCCGGGGGUGGCCAGCAGCUUGUCUGAGCCUAGCUAUUCCAGCAGUAACUGUGGGAGUCACACGGCCACUACUCUCCACUCGGGCCUCCCCUCUCAGGAAUAUACUGCCAGCUACAACGGCUCCUACCUGCAUUCUAGCUACAGCGGCCAGAGUACCCCGGCCCUCCCCUCCCCACAUCCUUCUCCUUUGCACAGCGCCGGCCUAUUACAACCACCACCCCCACCUCCUCCUCCUACUUUAGUGCCGAGCUACAACGCCGGGUCUCCAAACCUUCCCAACUACAAUUAUCCACCAACAGGGUAUGCUUCACAGACUGCUGUUGGCCCCGGUUAUAGCCCAGGGGGAGCGCCCCCUCCUUCUGCUUAUCUGCCGUCCGGUAUUGCAGCGCCGACACCAAUCCCUCCCUCCACACUGCCCGGCUACACCUACCAGUCCCACAAUCACACACCAAUUGCACCAACACCUUUGAAUGGCAGCACAUCUAACUCAUUAAAACGAAAAGCUUUCUACAUGAGCGGACAUGGAGAUAUGGACUCAAGCUACGGUAGUUUCAACUACACCCAGCAGCGCUCUUCGCAGAGCCCGAUGUACAGAAUAGCAGACAGCAGCAUCUCAGACUCUAGCAGGGGCAAUGGCUUCGAAAGAAAUGCUGAAACGUCCUCUUUAGCUUUUAAGCCAACCAAACAAAUAUCUUCUGAUCAGCAAAGAAAAUUUAACUUACACUCCGGCAGAGCACUAACUCCUCCAUCCUACGGAUCAACCAAAAGCUCUGCGGGUGAUCUCAGAACUGGUGAGCCCUACGGCAAGUUUGGAUCUCCCAUCAUGAGCGAGCAAACUGAAGAGCACAGACAGCACCUCUCUCACUCCCUAACAGGGCCUGACAUAGGUACGGCUACCUCGUCCAUCCAUGCUGCAGAGGAACAACUGAAGAACAGUGAUUCCAACCUGGUGGAGAUGGUGACCACGGAAAUCCUUCAGCAGGGCUCUCCGGUGGACUGGAGUGACAUUGCAGGCUUGGAUAUGGCCAAAGCAGCCAUCAAAGAGGAGAUUCUAUGGCCCAUUUUAAGGCCCGAUAUGUUUAGUGGGCUUGCCACAUUACCUCGGACCCUCCUUUUGUUUGGACCUCAGGGAACUGGUAGAACGCUGCUGGCUCGGUGCAUGGCCAGCCAACUGGGGGCUGCCUUUCUGCGCCUGAGCAGUUCGGCGCUGGUGACCAAGUGGCUGGGAGAAGGGGACAAGAUCAUCCAGGCGUCUUUCCUCGUGGCCCGGUGUCGCCAACCAGCGGUAGUGUUCAUCAGCGAGGUCGACCUGCUGCUGUCAGCCCAGCUCAGCGAGGAGAGUCCAGUAAAUCACCUCAAGACUGAGCUCCUCAUCCAGCUCGACAGUAUUCUGACCUCUGCUGAGGACCAUGUUCUCGUGGUCUGCUCCACCAGCAAGCCUGAAGAGAUCCCAGAGUCCCUACGGAGGUACUUUGCCAAGCGAUUGCUCAUCCCCUUGCCUGAUGGGACAGCACGACAUCAGAUAAUCAGUCAGCUGCUCUCACAGCACAACUACUGUCUUAGUGACAAAGAGAUGUCGCUGCUGGUUCAGAGGACAGAGGGCUUUUCGGGACUAGACGUGGCCCAGCUGUGUCAGGAGGCCGUGGUAGGUCCUCUCCACGGCAUGCCUGGGACCGACCUGUCAAGCAUCCACCCCAGUCAGAUGAGACCGGUUUCCUACCAAGACUUUGACAAUGUGUUUUGCAAAUUCCAGCCCAGCAUAUCACAAAAAGAACUUGACAUGUACACUGAGUGGAAUAAAAUGUUUGGUUGUAGUCAAUGAAAGAAACC